AUGGCGGGGGCUCGUGGUGGAAUGUUGGGCAUGACGCAGCAAAGACGGACGGUGCAUCAGAAUCACCGUGCCUCUGCAGUUGUGCCCAGCAGGCGUGUCACACAGCACGAUCCCGACAUUGCUGGAGAUGUAUGGGCCAGCAGCAAGCGGCCGGUGGGCAUGAAACCGGCAGAUGCCAGCACCCUUGAAGACUGGACGGUGGCUUUCAACAUUCGCGCCAUGAUUCCUGCAAAGAUCAGGCUGAAAAUGACGCGCCAUUUUUUCCCUCUCCAAGAAGGCUUCGAGGAUGGCACCUGGCGUAUCCGUUGCACCAGUCAAAAGGCGAUCCUUUGUCGCCGAAUACUCCAACUGCUGGCCCUUUGCACGGCAUUUUUGACGCCGGGCCUUUUGGCGAUGCAGCCCAUUUGUCCUUCACCCAACCGCCGGGACCUCCAAGACUUGGCCGCACUGCACGCGACACAGUUCACCGUUGAUAUCUUGUACAUUGUGUUGUCCACAGUGGUGUUUUUCACAUUCUCAGUAGUGACCAAAGACAAGUUUGAGUUGGUGGCCUUCAGGAGUGUUAUGGCGUGGCAAUUGCGACAUGCCGGCCUCUGGCUGGAUUUGGCAGCCCUAGUGGGCGAUGUCAUGCAACUCGUCCACUACGCAGACGUCGGCUUUGGACAACUGUGGUUUGGUGAAAACCUCCGCACAGAACAGUGGCUCUCGCUGCUGGACCUGCUUCGUUUGUGGCGCCUCUGGGAGCCCUCGGCACCGAUCAUCGUCAGUGCCUUUUCGGACGCGGCAGUGGUGGGCGAAAAUGGAUGUUGA